CCCCUAGUUCCCAGCGUGCAGGCGGCAGCAGCGCUCAUUAUUACGGUAGUGCUCAGUCGUUUCAGAGCGCCCAUUUCAAGACCCGUUUGUGUGAGGGUACGUUAGGUGCAGGAUAGGUGACCAACACCUCCUGGAUACUGUUGACUUUGCCAAGUGGCACCACCUUUUUGUUUCCAAGGGGUCCUUAGUGUUGAUCACUUGCCGGAGGAAAUGUUGGCCCGAGCUAGAGUCAGCUUUCCUGGGUGGUUGGGCGGAUGUCGUCCAGGUUCUGUGAAAAGCGCCGGGCUAGAUUUAAAGAUUGCCAUCGUCCAGAGAUGUGCAGUGGCAAAGAUGACGAAGAAAGGUUUUGAGUGCGCUGUCAAUGUGUCAGCGAGUGAGGUUUCUUCUGCAACUCAAACAGAGACGGUUGGCUUGCUUGAAAAGCAGAAGACGGACGCAUGGUUGAAAUACGGGCAUGAGGCGCCACCUCAAAAGCCAGCCCAAAAGCGUGCAACCUGGGUGAGGCCCGGCUACAAGAAGCCUGAACCUCAGCAAACUGUUGACAGAACCGCUGCUGAAGGAGCUCAGCAAUUUGGCAGAAGGGCGAAGCAGAGAACGAUUGCGGCGAUCCAGCAGGCGGCAGACGCGACGGAGGUUGAGGAGAUCUUAAAGAAAUUGGGAUCAACGGGCCUGAGAGUUAGUAUGUUUGCGGAGCUGAUAAAGUUGGGGGAUGUGGACCGUAGCAAGCAGGUACUGGACCUGCUCCAUUCGUACGGCGUCGACAAGUUGGUGGUCAGCUACAACAAGCUCCUGUCCCUGCUUCUUUCCGUAAACCGCCUGCAGGACGCGGAGGCGCUUGUGCAGGAGAUGCGAACCAAGGGCGUCGAACCCAAUGGGGCAACGUACAACAUUCUCCUGACUGCGCUUGUGAGCGAAGGCCGCCUCAAGCAGGCGGACUACCACUCGAAGGCACUAGAGCCCAUCCUCAAAGGAAUGGCGGCCGAAGGGGAGGGAGAUGCCCCGCAUGACUUUGAGUUCCGGAGCCUGGUUCUGGCAUAUGUGCGGCGGGGCAUGAUAGCUGAGGGUUUGGCGUUGCUGCGAAAGCACCACGAUGCGGGGUUAAAGCUGACGGCGUUUGCCUACAACAAGCUGCUGGAGAGCUGUGCGGAGAAGGGGUCACUUCGACAGACGGAGAAAGUGCUCGAUGCGAUGAAAGCAACGGGAACGGAGCGUGAUAUUGCAACUUACAGCGCUCUCCUUGGGAUUUACACCAAGAAGGCCCUGCUUCUCGAAGCAGAAAGUGUGCUACGAGACGCGCUGGCGGCUGGGCUGCGGCCCGACGCGCGCUUCUACAGCAUCCUCAUGGCGGCCUAUGCAGAGCGGGGGCUGCGGGAGAAGGCGGACGGGGUUUUGGCGACGAUGGCAGCCAAUGGUUGCCAACCGGAUGUGGUGACGUACAACACGUUGGUGGACGCGUAUGCGAAGCAGGGCAACAUGGAGGGGGGAGAGAAGGUCCUGGAAACGAUGGAAGCUGAGGGGAUAAGUCCGGACGUGGUUACUUUCACGACACUGAUUGCAGCGUGGGCGAGGCAGGGCCAGUUGGAGAGAGCGGAGGCGGUUUUGGAGCGGAUGAUUAUUGCGGGGCUGGAGCCGAAUGCAUUCACGUACACUGCUCUGAUCAGCGGGUUCGCGAAGCUAGAAAUGUUUAGGCAGGCGAACGAGGUGCUAGACAGGAUGCGGGAGGCGGGGGUACAAACGACGACGGUAACAUAUAACGCGCUUCUGACAGCGUACGCGCACGCAGGUAUGUUCGGUAGGGCCGAGCAGCUGCUUGCGGAGAUGGAGAGCGACGGGUGCCCUCCGAGCCUUGUCACUUAUUCGGUGUUGAUUAGUGAGUACUACCAGCAUGGCAAACCCGCAGCGGCGGCGAAGCUGAAAGAGUCGCUAAGAGGGACGGAAAUGUACGAAACGUUGGCACGGAACAAGCGGAGAAACUUCAAAAGGAAUGUGGAUUGAGGUUGACGAUGUCAUUUGAACGGAAUGAUUGCAUGGACAGGCAGCCCACGUGCUGUGUUGCAAUCCAGGGUUUGCUGAGUAGCUGUUUGUAUACGGAGCCGUUGCGUUGGGUUUCUCUAUCUGGAUUUUGCAGUCCUUUGCAUACUCUGGCCGAUAGACCGCCGACCAACCGUGUCGGCUCGGCUUCUUGCAGUAUCUGUAACCUGG